UUUCCACCACGUCAGCUUUAAGAAAAUGAAGUUCUGUAGUGAAGAAAACUGUCUGAAAACUGACUUUAUGUGCGGCUCUAUGAAGCAGAAGCGGGGUUUCCCUUUUAAAAGGCUGAUGCACCUGUUUUGAGCUCUGAGGGAAGAAACGACCGUUUUCCCUGCCAGUCCUCUUCUCGACAGCGGCCCCCACCCUCAGACAUCAGUGGGAGAUAACACAGUGCAUCCCCGCAUCAGCCGCAGACACCCUCACCCUCAUGUGGCGUGUGAGUGCGCUGGCAUAACCCAAACACACCAUAAUGACUCAGAUUGUGGUGUCAGCUUGCCUACACACUCCGAUAUAAGGCAGAAAGACGAGGCCCAUGGGAAGGGAGCCGCUGCAGCUAUGAAUACAGUUUUAAUUGACUUUCAUGUUCGGUUUAAUGAGAUGCAGAGAAACUGUCAAACUCUAGAAUAAUAUUCCAGCUUGUUCCUUCUCUUUAGUUUGACAGACAAUAGUAAAUAAACUGGCAAUUUAAAGAAAAUCUGUUUCUUUUUUUUUUUAGCAAAAUGACCAUCAUGAUUGACAUGCUAGCUCAUUUAAAGUUUUAUGACAGAUAAGUUUAUGUUUAAUUAAGCGGAUUAGCAAGAGUCUCAUUAAGGCUUACAAAAGGGAAUUUGUUGUAAAGGUUUUUCUUUCGUGUGUUUUCCGCAUUUGUAUUUACACCUAAGAAGAUAUAGUCCCAGCAAUUAUUUCCUCUUGCUGGGUCAGUUUAAUCAUCACUGCUGAGAAUUAGAUGAGACACAAAGGAGACCCAUUUGAACUGAACAGUAAAGCCUUUAUUGUCAUUACACAGCCGCUAUAUAAUAAAAUGUAGGUACCUACUCAGAUUAUGCCUCUGGAAGAAAAGCAAACCCACAGCAUGUUGCUGCCACCACCCUGUUUCACAGUGGGCAUGGUGUGUUCAGGGUGGUGCGCAGUGUUAGCCCCUAUAUGGUUUAUAGCAAACUGAACAGGACUAGUCAUUGGUUUGCAAUUGCAUUUAUUAAAUGAGCCUGCUUAUCAAACAGUGCUGCCAAUAAGGGAGGGUCAAGGGGGGCAGUGGCCACUCUUGAAGUUCCCUGCACUUGCCAUCAACCCUCUAGCAGUUUUAUUUGCAUAUUUGGUAGGCCAGGCUUUCAGAGGUGGAUGGACAAACUUAAGAAAGUUCGGUAACAACUUUAUUAAUGUAUUUAUUUACUGCUAAUAUACUGAUUUUUUUCUGUCGUUUUUGAAUAUCUCAUUCCUUGCUUCCCCCUAAAUUAUACUGGUGGCAGAUUUUUAAAUGAAAAAUGAGAAGUUAAUGUAUUUUAACAUCAGGGUUUCAUUCUUGGACCUGUUACCCCUGCGACCCAAUAUGAUGGACGGACGGCUCUGACUGAAAGAAAUAUAUUUUGAUUAGAAUUUUACAUGUAUGUCUAUUUUACAAAUAAAUAUAUUUUACAAAAAAAUAUAAUUUUCUGUUCUUUCUUGCAUAAGGCUACAAAUUAGUUCAUUUUUUAUUUUUUUUCUAAAGGUAGACCAUAUGAGGCGCAACAUGUGCUGUUUUUCAGCCCCUCGGGCAAUUUUAAAGCAAUACUCCAGAGGCAUGACCUCCGUGUCCUCGGAGGGAAGCACGGCCACGCUCCCCUUCUUGCGUCGUGGGGCCCCCGGAGGCCCCCUGAUCCCCCACUCUGGGACCAAUAGAGACGCUGCACCUGUAUCCAGUGCGCCUGUCCCGUUUGGAAGAAAGUUGGCAGCGCAACGCGUACGCUGCGUGCGUCUCAAGGGCAAAGGAAACGAGGAAAGCGACCACAAUAACAAAUGUGGAGUGCUGCACCUUUCCACGGCUCUUUCUGUCUGAGUGUGUGUGUGUGUGUGUGUGUGUGUGUGUGCGGACUGCCCUGCUGCUGUGCUGCCUCAGCCGCAGACGCACUUCCAUGUCAGAGGACGAUCGGGAUUCUAGGGGUUAUUUAUAAGGAGGUAAUUUAAAAAUAAAAUCCCAGCGGAGUGAUGAGUCUGGAGAGGAGACGUCACAUUUUCAUUUGGAGCGACAGUGUGCUGAAACCGUGACCGAGUCAGAGGUAUAUGCAGCUUUGUCCCUCUUCACGGCGGAUCUUUACCGGAUAAAACGUCCUAUUCCUGGAUGAUGCGGGGCUUUUUGUGUGUUUCUUAUAGACACGCCAGGAUUUACUGAUCGCUCCACGUUUCAGCGGGAAUCUGUAUAAUCCUUCCGUCACGCCACGCCGGCUGGAACCCCCUCCCCACAUCAUCACCGGCUUCAAGGGAUCAGGGCCAAAAGAGACUGAUUAAAAAACGGGCUUUAAUUUAAAGUUCAUUCAAUUUUCAAGACAAAGGCCCGUGUCUGCCGCUGUGCUCCCAAGGUUAUACAUUAAAAACACAGAGAGAGGCACACUCCGUCUGCGCUGAACUUACUUUAGGCUGGAUUUGGGCUGGAAACGGAUCCUGGGUAUGUUUCUGCUCUAAUUUAAGCCUAAAUGCAAGAAAGCAAAGUUAAUAUUCCAACAAUGAUGAUGCCACCCUGGGAGCGCUUUCAGGGACGGGAGACUGGGGAAUGAAAGCGGGACAUCUGCGUCUGUAACCGGCGAAGAAAACCAACACAAGCCACCUUCUCAUUUUUUUUUUUUCCUCUGUUUUGGAUUGAGCCAAAAAUACUUUUGAAGGUGCGCCUUCGGACUCCUGCACGAUGGGGAUUAUGAUUCAAGUUAUUCUAGGAAUGUUUCAGUUCCUGCUGCUCACCAGAAUACCGACUUUCCAUGCCAAGCUUGCUCACUGGCGGCCGGCAGACUCCCCCAGAACCAGGGAAGGUCGGGAAGUGCGACGGUGGCUUGAGGUGUACUCGCGCAGCGGCUGCGAGCCUCGCGACACUCUAGUAGAGGUUUGGCGGGAGUUGCCAGGGGAGAUCCAUCAUCUCUUUGUCCCGUCGUGCGUUUCUGUGAAGCGAUGUGGUGGCUGCUGCUCGGAUGAGGCCUUGGAGUGUGUGCCUUCGUUAACACACACCCUCACCAUGGAGCUGAUGAGAACAUCCUUCAUGAAACACGAGCUCAUUGAGCUGCCCUUUGUAGAGCACAGCCAGUGCGAGUGCAGAUUAAAAGAACAGUUCCAGCCAACUCCCACUGCGAGACCCUUUCUGAAGCCAGCAGGAAAAGAGAAGAAAAAAGAGGGGAGGAAGUCCAAGCAGAGGAAAACCGAAAAUGUAGUCCAUGCUCCUCUGGUUCCUGCCUCCACAUCCUCUCCUGCUCCAUCACCUCCUCCCACCACUCUAACUCUCCCUUCCUCUCCCUCCCUGAAGCCUCUGUGCCGCAUGUUCAGUUCUCAGAUGAAGGAGCUCUCCAUGAGAACCCAUGCUCCUGUGGCUCUUCCUUCUACACCCCCACCUCCUCCAGCACUUCUUCCAACCACCCUAACUCCCUCUCUGCCUCCUUCCCCGACACCUCGAUGCCGCCCCUGCAGAGGAAGGAAGUGGGCCCUGGAUGAGACGUCGUGUCAGUGCAGAUGCACCCUCAAAGCAAAAAGCUGCAGCCGAAAAGGCCAGACUCUCAACUCUCACCGUUGCAAGUGUGAGGCAGCGAGGACUUGAUCUGUCCAAUCACUUGCUUUUCAUCCCGCCAAAUAUCUUUAGAUGCAUCACCUACUCUCAGCAUCUGUGCCAUGAACAGUACAGAUGCUUGGGCAUUCUGUAUCUCAACCCGAUGGACGUAAUAUUAGAAGCACACACUAGAACCUGUACUCGUGCAUCAUUACACCCUAAAUGUGCUGUAGAUCUGUAUGUGUGCAAGCAUAUUUUCCACCUCGUUGCUUCUGUGGCAGAGCUUUGUAUGUGUGUGUGUGUGUGUGUGUGUGUGUGUGUGCGUGCGUGCGUGCGUGCGUGUGCGUGCGUGCGUGUGCGUGCGCGCGCGCUUGGACACAAAUUCCGUGCCACAUGAGUGGAGGAUGAAGGCGUUAAAGUGAUCUCUGCUAAGUUGUUUUUUGGAGAUUUGAUUGCAACUAAACUGCACAGGAGACCAGUGGAAACAAGACUGGGACUGGCUUGGACAAGUGUCCUUCAUCUUGAUGUUUCAGUGGAAGGAUGACUGCACACUGAGACAGUUUCCAGGUUUAAAUCUAGAUUUGAGAAGCAGCAGCAGCGUGUUAUCAGUGGACGAAUGUGCUUCGCACCAGAAGGAUACGGGACAUGCACAUGAGCUGGCACCCCGGUGUCUCUGGACCUAAUACAGGAGACAAAUGCUGGGACGGGUGGUAUCUGUGUGGUCUGCCCCCUGAAAGACACAGAUGGGUUAUCCCUGCACCCGUUCACUCUCAUUCAAAACGUUUGACCACGGGCUGGCUCUCCAAGCCGCUUUCCGGCAUUUGUUUAAUUUUGAGCCUUUUGUGUACGUCUCUUCUCAGCCACUCAAUUGAAAGGAGCCGCUUCGCCUCUCUUUGCCUCUCUUUUUGGCAGUGAGGAGAAUGACAAUAAUGAGGCCUGGCGGCUCUCCACGGCUUCACACACACAAAUAUUCACACUUAUAAUACCAGGAACACAGACGACACUCUAAAUGCAGACAUUCACUCUGCUGCAGCACACAUGCAUCCAUAUCUACACAUACAUGCAAUGUGAAAUCAAUGCAAGUAGCCAUAAGCCAUUUAUUUGUAAAAAUAUAUGUCAGUUAUUUCUUUGCAAUUUAGUACAAAGUCAGCAUAUAUAUAGUAUUUUAUAUCAUGCCACUCUUUUAUAUUUUAUUACAAUUCUGCCAGGUUGAUUGCAGAGGUAAUGGAGAGUGUAUAUUGUGGGAUGUGUCUUUGUUUUGCUUGUGUUCAUCUUUAAUCCGCCUGCAAAACAACUCUCGCUGGGUGGCCCACUGAUCCGAAACCCAAAUGUAUUGAAUUUAAACAGAGAGGGCUCACACGAGCCACAAAUAGGAGACUCUAUAGAUUUACAAUGUGUAAUUCAAACAAUCAGUGGGGUGGUGUUGUGUGCAGCACACAGAAACUAAGCAAAUAGCCGUCCCCGGUGCAGUGCAAGGAAAACAUAGCCAUUGUUGUUGCAUGUUAGAGCCCGGAUGCAGGGAGUGUUAUUCAUCCAGAACAUAACUUGUUUAUAUUCAGGCUGAAUCUCACGCUUUUACUUAGUGUUACUUUAUGACUGCUUGGCUGCAGAGUCAGGAAACAAAGGUUUACUUCUCAAGCAGCUUGUCAGUCAGUCAGCGUGUGUAGCUGAAGAAGUGGCAGUUCAGAGAGUUUAGAGCCCGGUUUUUUUCUAACUACCAUUCAGAGCCUACCCGCUGUGCCAAAUUUGACUGAGAACGUUUCAGCCGUGACGUAUUAGGGGCUAGGGUUAGAAGACUGCUCAACAAUAGCUUGAAAAUCCACAAUUCACAUCUCAGUGUUCAUACAGUCCCGUUGAUUGAAGAAUGGUCACCCAGAAACAAGCUGCCAUCCAGAGUGUUAAUUAUGUAUGUCUCAGCCCUGAAGCUGCAGAACUUUGUUUUGGUGGCUGCUGUGAUAAGCUUUCUAUUUAUACUCUCCUCAGAUGAGAUUAUAUUUUUUAUUUCCGUGCUCAUUGUUCAGUGUUUAUUGCUGUUAAUCAAUGCUUCAAUCAC